GCUGGAGAGAAGGAUGCAAGAGUUCCAUGAGCAGCAGCAGAAGAAACAGAAGGCUGUGGCUUCAUCGUAGCAAGCCGGUCAUCCCCAAAGAAUGGAAGGAGGAUGGAUUUACGUGAAAUGAAAACCUGGCAAGAAAGGAAAGCCGGUGGAGGUCUUGACCAACUGUUUCCGCAUGAAGGCCGCGGAUCAGUGGCUUCUGCACCAGUACAGCGUGGACUUCAGCCCCGUUGUGGACAACCCUAGGGCACGUCAUGCCCUGCUACGGGCUCACUCUGAGAUCCUAGGCACCCCCAUGGCCUUUGAUGGGAUGAUGUUGUUCCUGCUUCGAAGGCUUGAUGAGCCGGUGACCAGGUUUCAAACCAAACGCCGUGACUCUGAUGACAUCAUCACCAUUACUGUUGCUCUCAAGAAUGCGCUGCCUCCUACUUCACCAACCUGCAUGCAGGUUUACAACAUCAUCUUCCGCAAGAUCCUUGGAUUGGUUGGCUUUGAGCAGAUUGGCCGGAACUAUUUCAACCCCAACGCCAAAAGGGAAAUCCAGCAACACAAGAUCCAGCUCCUGCCCGGUUUCAUCACCUCCAUCUUGCAGUAUGAGCAGGAGGUUCUCCUGAUGGCGGACGUCUCUCACAAGAUCCUGAGAACGGAGACAGUCUUGGACAUGCUGGCUGAGAUUGAGCAGACCAAGGGAGCAGGCUGGAGGGAUGCGGCCAAGAGAGUACUGGCGGGAGAAAUUGUCCUGACCAAGUACAACAACAAGACCUACCGAGUGGACGACAUCGACUUUAAUAUCAAUCCCAUGAACACAUUCGACAAGUUGGAUGGCACUAAAAUAACCUACGCCCAGUACUACCGGGACGCGUACGGGCUAAAUAUCAGUGAUCUAGGACAGCCACUGCUGGUCAGCAAUCCAAAGAAAAGGGAUCAGCGCCGGGGAAUGAUUGAUCACAUCCACCUGAUCCCUGAGCUGUGUACCCUGACGGGGCUCAGCGAAGCUAUGCGCAGUGAUUUCCACGUCAUGAAGGACCUGUCUGUGUACACUCGCAUCACGCCCAACGUCCGCAUGAAAGAGCUGACCAACUUCAUCGGCAGCUUUCCCAGGAAUCAAGAGGCGAGUACUUACCUGCAAAAGUGGCAGGUGAGCUUUGAAGCUCAGCUAGUCAGGAUCAACGCUCGCAUCAUGGAUCGGGAGAAAAUCCUCACCGGGCACCAGGGAAAGAAUGAGAUUUCCUUGGGUGAGAAUGCAGAGUGGAGCAGAGAUCUGCGGAAGGAUCUGCUGAGCUGUAUUGGUCUGCACAACUGGCUGCUGAUCUACACAGCGCGUGAUAGCAAGAACGCCAUGGAGUUCCUAAAUGCCUUCAACACUGUGGCGCCACGUUUGGGAAUGGAAACCAGACCACCCUUAAUAUGUGAGCUACGUGAUGACCGCACUGAAAGCUUUAUCCGUGCCAUCCGACAGAACUUGAGUCCCCAGACACAGAUGGUUGUGUGUAUCCUACCAACUAUUCGUAAGGAUCGCUACGACGCCAUCAAGAAGUUCUGCUGUCUAGAGGCACCGGUACCCAGCCAGUGCAUUGUGGGUCGCACUAUCAACAAGAAACAGACCGUCAUGUCCGUAGCUACCAAGAUUGCUAUGCAAAUCAACUGCAAGAUGGGGGGAGAGUUGUGGACAGUUUUAAUUCCAUCCAAAAUGUUGAUGAUGGUGGUAGGAAUCGACUCUUAUCACGACUCCGCCACUAGAGGGCGCUCUGUCGGUGGCUUUGUCGCUUCCAUGAAUCAUGACCUUAGUAGGUACUUUUCACGAUGUACAUUCCAGCACACAGGACAGGAGCUCAUUGAUGGUCUCAAAGUCUGCAUGACAAGUGCAUUGAGGAAGUUUAAAGAAAUCAACGGUAAGUUGCCCGAGAGAGUCAUCAUCUAUCGCGAUGGCGUCGGCGAUGGGCAACUGCCGGCUGUGGUGGAGUAUGAACUACCACAAGUGAUUGAUACCUUCAGAAUGAUAGGAACAGACUAUAGCCCUAAGUGCGCUGUGGUCGUCGUUAAGAAGCGAAUCAACAAUAGAUUUUGCUCCUUGAACCAAGGAAAUCUCGUGAACCCAUCCCCAGGAACGGUGAUCGACUCGGUGGUCACCAAACCAGACUUAUACGACUUCUUCCUUGUCAGUCAGUCUGUACGCCAGGGCACGGUCACUCCAACCAGUUACAAUGUGGAUUGGGACAACUCGGGUCUGGCACCAGACAGCAUGCAAAGCCUGACCUACAAGCUCACCCAUCUGUACUUCAAUUGGCCGGGAACCAUUCGUGUACCGGCCCCCUGCCUCUACGCUCACAAGCUGUCUUUCCUUGUUGGCCAAAGCCUGCACAAAGAGCCGCGGAUUGAGUUGGCUGACCGGCUGUUCUUCCUAUAGGCAGUAAGACCAGGGGUAAUAUGUAAACAAUUGCUUAUAUAUGUUUAAUACCAACAUUGGCAGUGUUUGCACAAGUGGGACUGACUGUUUUCUGCCGACAUCCGCGAAUGUUAACAACAAAGGCAAAUGGUCUUCCUUAUGUCGUAUUAUCAGAAAUUAAACUUUCAUGCUGUAACGCUAAAGCUCUAUGUUGGAGAUAUCAUCACUGUUUUGCUCACAGAAAAAUUUGGAAAUUAGCAUAAAGAAAGUGACUGGAAAGAUUCAAAAUAAUGUAAAUGGGGCACAAAACAGCAAUUAAUGAUUACUUACAUCUCUUUCAGUUUGUCAGGUGUAAAAAACCUGAAAACGACUUCAUGAUGAGGGUUUUGAGGUCACAAGAAGUUAGGUCAUUCCAUGGGUUGGAUGGUCACCAUCUCCGAUUUUACUUUUAAUAUUCUUCCAUAAGAUCCAAUUGUUGCGAUCUUCCAUAAGAUCCAGUUGUGGCGAUCUUUCAUAAGAUCCAAUUGUUGCGAUCUUUCAUAAGAUCCAAUUGUUGCGAUCUUCCAUAAGAUCCAAUUGUUGCGAUCUUCCAUAAGAUCCAAUCGUUGCGAUCUUCCAUAAGAUCCAAUUGUUGCGAUCUUCCAUAAGAUCCAAUUGUUGCGAUCUUCCAUAAGAUCCAAUUGUUGCGAUCUUCCAUAAGAUCCAAUUGUUGCGAUCUUCCAUAAGAUCCAAUUGUUGCGAUCUUCCAUAAGAUCCAAUUGUUGCGAUCUUCCAUAAGAUCCAAUUGUUGCGAUCUCCCAUACGAUCCAAUUGUUGUGAUCUUCCAUAAAAUCUAAAUGUUGCGAUCUUCCGUAAGAUUCAAUUGUUGCGAUCUUCCAUACGAUCCAAUUGUUGCAAUAUUCCAAUUGUUGCAAGUUCAAAAGAAAAGUUAAUUAAGAAUUUUUUGUUGUAGAAUUGUGAACUUGCACAAAAUGUAGGCUUGUAGAUAUUAGGUGAAAUUUUUAAACGCGAUUUACUUUAAGUUGCACAAGUUUAAAAAACAACACAAUUUUCUGAGGUGUCUACAAGUCUUUUCGAAGUGUAUAGCAGAUACAAUGUAGAAAAUCCAUCAUGUGUUUUGUAAUUUGACUGAAGCAUGACAGCAGUGUUUUAUUCAUCUUACAUCCUGCCAAAAUGCCUUUGAACAAAAAUAAUGACUUUGUUAAUCUUAAAAAUGUAUUUUUUUAUACUUACAAUUUUCGCUGUUUUACAAAAUGUGAAUCAGAAUUGAUGGUACAUUUGUUCUAAGAAAUGUUAGCUGUAGUGAUAGCAUGACAAAGGUUGUUUAGGUUCCCAGGCACUUGGACAUAGUGCGUU